CCUUAUAGGUUGGCCCAUCUAAUGCUAUCCUUUCGGCUAAUGUGUCUCAGGAUAUCACAUCAGGAUUUUUUUGGCCAUUAUCUUUUUCUUGCCCUUCACAAUUCUUGCUGUUGUUUUCCUCUCCAUAAUCUCCUUUACAAAGAAAAAAAAAGAAGAGAAUAGAAUAAUCCAUCUUUUACAGAAGUUUUCUGGGUAGCGCUUUGGAUGCCCUGUAACGAUGGAGUAACUGAGAAUAUUUUCGUCUGUUUAUUUACUAUUUCUUAAAAAAUAUACAGAUAUAAAUUGUUCAUCUCAAUCAAAGGGGAAACGCCUGAAUCAAGUUCAACCCAUUUGGCUUCCAUGGCUGAUGAUUUUGUAGAACUCGUAUGGAAAAAUGGUCAGAUUCUGAUGCGUGGACGGUCCUCUAGUCCUUCAUGCAUCAGUGACUCUUCUCAUCACUCUCCUAAACCUCAGGUUAAGACUAGUGGUGGCGAAAUCUACACUUCAAAGAGACGAAGAUUAGGGACCGUGAAUUCUUUGUCGGAUUUCGAUGAUUGUCUUCCAGGUCGAAAGGAACUCUCCAAGCACAAGCAUUCUGUACAAGAUAACUGCCAUCCUGAUCACUUGUUUCCUGGUUUUCACGAAAACAAUCUCAACAUUUUUCUGGAAACAACCAGAAAUAACAACACUUAUGAUGAGUAUCUCACAGAGUCCCAAAUUGUCCCCGAAUGCAAAGACGAAAAUUUGAGGCAGUUACAUGAGCCUUCUUUGCAGCAAUGCCAAGAUUCUGUUCCGAUUAGUAGAACAGUUGCCAAUAGGAGGCAAAAUCUGUCUUCAAUGGCUAGAUUGCCGAACUCGAAUUUGCAACAGCUUAAGUCAGGACCUGAGAAAAACUUGGGGUCAAGGAACUUCUCCCUAUUCUUAAGACCUGGAGUGCUCCCUAAAGCCGAUGACCAGCACCAUGGUGCAAUUGAACCAGCUGGUGGUCAGAGUUCGUUAAGAGUUCGGGAUUUAGAAAGCAAAGAGGAUACGCCUCCUGCAGGCGAAAAAGCACUAGUACUGGAGUCACCACUUGGUUCAAGAGGUGGUAAAGAUUUCCAUAAGCAUCCAGAUCUAGUAGCAAUUAAGACAGACCAUCUAAAGCAGAUUGCAAAUCCUUUGGAAGAGUCACCCCCAGAUGAGCAAUCCGAAGUUCCUGUCUAUAGAAAUGCUAUUCGAAGCAAGCGGUUCCAAGACCGAGUUCCCGAUUCAACCUCAAGCUUACCAGUAAAUACAGUCAAUGGAAAUCCUGAUAGAGAAAAAUCUGAAGAUCAAUUGGCUGCAGAUACUUCAACAUGCUCUUGGGGAGCUUCAAAUGAUCUGAGUUAUUCUUCUCUGAAGAGGAAAAAUAAAGACAAGGAAGCGAUGGCGUCUCCAAGGGAAAAUGCUGAGGGAGAUCAACAAGUUCCAAAACCAGCGUCUGCUCGUGCAGCUGCCAAGCGAAGACGUCCAGAAGUCUAUAAUCAGUAUGAAAGGGAAGGAAGAGAUAAGAUCGACGAGAAGAUGCGUGCAUUACAAGCUCUCAUACCUAAUUGCAGCAAGAUGGAUAAAGCUUCAACGCUUGACAAAGCAAUUGAGUAUCUGAAGGCCCUUCAGCUUCAACUACAGAUAAUGUCACUGGGAACCGGCUUUUGUAUGCCUCCGAUGAUUGUACCAACCGGAAUGCAGCAGGCAACACAUUUGGCACAUUUCUCUGCCAUGGGGAUGGGAGUAGGCAUGGGUAUGAGAAUGCCUAUGGGUGUUGGUUACACCCCAGCGAUAUUCUCAAAUUCAGCUAUGCUUGGGCUUCCAUUGUCCCAGGUACCCUUCAUUCCUUUGGCUGGAGGGUCUUCUGCUACCUCAGUUCCUGUAGUCCAGAAUAUCAACACUGAAAGCAUGAACAAGCAGUAGGCUAUAUAUAUAGUAUAUCAUUUUGCUCUAAUUGUGAUUGAACUUAAAGUCUAUAGCCUUUCAUUUGUUUAAAAAAAUUAAUUUGAUCGUCACACAAUUAUAUUACCUUUAUAUAAUUUUUAUUUUUUUAAA